GACAGGUACGGCGCCUGUUCUGCUGUUCAUACUUUAUUGUUUGUUGUUCAUACUUUAUUGUUCAUACUUUAUUUUGGCUGCAGCAAUGCUAUUUUACCCGGUGUUUCACAUCUCCCGAUUAAUGUAGUUCCUGUAAAAUUGCCCUUCAAAUUCAUUCAAUUAGCAAAUGGCGUUGGUACCUAUUGACUGGCCUAUUAUCAGUAUCGUUCUUGUGUAUCUUCUUGUGUUACGCUGUGUAGCUUCGGCUAUUUUCUGCUAAAAACUAAGGUUUUCCUUCUCAAGAAGAAAAAUAACAUCUAUAACAUCUAUAUAACAUCAGAUUUGGAUACUAAUCCUGUGGGCUGGGACUGAGUUGAUGCCCUGAGUGGCCCUGCCUGGCACCCCAUGGAUCUCAAUCUCCCAGUGUAGCUGCGCGCACCACCAGUGAAGCACACGCAGAACACAAUGGCCACAGCAGGAGACCGCCUGGACCUGGUGGUGUUUGGCGCCACCGGCUUCACCGGCCAGUUUGUCGUGGAGGAGAUCGCCCGCAUCGAGACGGAGAAUGCUGGCCUGUCCUGGGGUAUCGCCGGCCGGUCUCGCGCCAAACUGGAGAAGAUCCGCCAGCAGGCGGCCAAAGAGACGGGCCGCAGUCUGGAGCACGUCGAGAUCCUGGUGGCCGAUGUCAGCGACCAGGACAGCCUGGACCGCAUGGCCAGCCGCUCCAAGGUGGUAAUCAACUGCGUCGGACCGUACCGCUUCUACGGCGAGCAGGUGGUGAAGGCCUGUGUCAACAACGGCGCCAGCACAGUGGAUAUCAGCGGCGAGCCCCAGUUCCUGGAGGGUAUGCAGCUCAAGUACCACGAGGCGGCAGAGAAGGCUGGCGUCUAUGUGGUCGGCGCGUGCGGCUUCGACUCGAUUCCGGCCGACAUGGGCACCUGUUUCGUCCAUGAAAAGUUCGACGGUGACCUGAACGGUAUCGAGAGCUACUUCAAAGUCCAGACGGGACCCAAGGGCUACCGCGGCAUCCACUACGCCACCUACCAGUCGGCCAUCCACGGCUUCGCCAACGCCCACGAGCUCGGGCCGCUGAGGAAGCAGCUGUUUGGGAAGCGUCUGCCUCGCUCCAACCACAAGCUGCCCAACCGCGGUAACCUGCACUACAGUGACGUGAUCAGCGCCUACUGCCUGCCGUUCCUCGGCUCGGACAAAUCUGUUGUCCAGCGCAGUGUGUUCCACAACUACGAGACGCGCGGCUGGCGCAACAUCCAGUACAGCCCCUACGUCGGCAUUGGCGGUAUGCUAAGGACUGUCGGUGUGACCAUCCUUCUCGCCUUCUUCGGUCUCAUGGCCAGCUUCAAGUUCGGCCGCACUCUGCUGGAAAAGUACCCCCGCGCGAUGACGCUGGGCGCCGUCAGCCACGACGGACCGACCCGGGAGCAGAUGGCCGAGACGUCGUUCUCGAUGACGUUCGUCGCGAGCGGCUGGAAGCAGAAGGCGCCGCGUGACGAGCAGCACUCUGAGAAACCGGACCAGUCGCUGGUGGCCCGGGUGUCUGGCCCGGAGUGUGGCUACAUCGCAACCCCCAUCUGCCUGGUCCAGAGCGCCAUCACCAUUCUGAAGGAGGCCGACAAGAUGCCCGGAACGGGCGGUGUGUACUCCCCGGGCGCGGCCUUCCUCGACUCGACUCUGAUCCAGCGCCUCACUGAGCACGACGUCAAGUUCGAGGUGCUGGGCGACAAAUAGACGGCGCUGUGAGUGUCGGGAGUCACCCCCGCCGGGCUGGGGGACUCAGCCUGGUGGCUGCGGUCGGAGGGUAUGUCUGUCUGCCUGGGAUACUCUACUCUACUGCCUGGCAUGGCUGUUGGGCUUCAGAGCUAGUGAUGGAGGCGAAAUGACCGAGCUUGAAAAUGAUUUUGAUGCGGAGAUUUGAGAGUCAAUUUGAAUGUGAUGGCGAGUGCCUGAUGAGGGUUUUGUGAAGUUGAUAGUGCGGUGUAGGGGCCAGGCGUUUAUAGAAGGCUAGGUAACUGUGAUAAAAACAAUUGCUGAUAGUCGCUUUCUUUGCAUUUCUCUGCCACCCUCCUCCCUAUGGAUUUCUCACCUCUUUUUCGAGGAAAUGAAGGACUUGGCAUUUGAUUUAAAAAGAAAAUUCAUAGUUAUCAGUAAUGUCUGUGAUCGAAUAUAUCCACAUCUACGAGGCAAGUCUAGCUCCACUAGACAAUUUUCUAAAAAUGACUGGGCAUUUCACACCACUCCAUGGCCAGUUCUGAUGGGAGUUUGAGUGAGGGCCAGCCUCCAUCACUCCUAGCGCCCCCUCCCCCCCUUCCCCCCGCUGAGGGAGUAUCGCCCCACACCGCAGCCGGAAGUGCCGCACCUCGAGGCCACGUGCUAGUGUGACCUCGGCCUGUGGGGGUGGUGCCGGCGGCGCCUAUCGGCUGGGAGCCCCGCACCUGUCCCUGAUGGCAGUGGGAACUUUGUCAGCGGAAUUGGAGGGGGGAGUGGCGUCUGGAUUGUUAGGGGAUGUGAUUUGUGGUUUGAAUAUUGGUGCAGAAGAAUACGUUGGCUUGAUUAUGUCCAUGUUAUUGGUUCAGGAUGGCCCUCCCGUUUCUCGGCGCUAUCCUUUGUUCAAAUCAAUGACUGACUGAAUAGAUGAAAAGAGGUUGUGCAUUAUAAUAUUUGUUACAUGGAUCAAUUAUGCAAUCUUGCAUUCGAGUCUUCUGCCAGGUUGCUACGAUCUUGGAUAAGUGCUGUUGCGUUCUUCCCUAAUCCCCGACAAAAUAAUGAAAAUGUAUCAUUCAGUAAAGUUUUGGCGAUCGGUACAAUAUAUCACUGUUUGUGUUACCGUAACUAUUUGCCACUGGUCCCAUCCGUUUUCGAACCAUUGUUUUCGCUGUCGUGUUACGGCAAUAUGAGGCUUGGCAUUCCGAAUUAGUCUAGUAUCUGCCAUAUAAAUGCACUCAUAGGACUGAUUCCGUCUUUUGUAUUGUCGAUUGUUUGCUUUCUUUCUGUGUCAGACUGUAAGUACUGCAGGUUGAUGUGAAUUGUGCAAUUGACCUAGGCAUCGGGCAUGUAUGGGCGUGACUAUUCACCGGUGGUGUCAUGAUAAUCCAGGGCCAGAUGGUCGCUUUCCAUAGUUGUUGUUACAGCUGAGCUAUUUGGUGGUGUGUCAGAUGAUAAAUAUACACAUAAUUAAACACA